CAACGACGACGACGACGACGAUGAUGAUGAUGAUGAUGAUGGAGGAGAAAAUGAAGGAACUACAGAUCCAAGUAAGACGCGCAUAAUUUGGAAAAAGAAAAUGACUCGAUCAUUAAUUAAUCAUUACUCCGAACUCCAAAAAAAAUCGAAAUUGAAGGGUGUAUUAUUUUGGAAAAAAAUAAGUGAGUUGCUAAAGACGCAUGGUUAUGCAAUCCCUCACUCCAAAUGUAAGUCUAAAUGGGACGGGUUAUGCAGAAAAUACAAAAAUUGUUUGCAGAAAGUGAAAUCGACUGGUGCAAGUCCGCCCGAUUUCAUCUUUUACGAUAAAAUGCAUAACAUUAUGUUUUCCAAACCGCAAAUAAAUCCUCCGGCCAUCGCGUCAAAUAUCAGAGGCUACGAAAAACGAAUUGCAGACCAAACAAAACCAGAAAAUUCGAAUGAGGAGAAGAAGAGGAAAAUUGAGAAAAAAAGUACAACACAAAACGAAUAUAUCCAAAAAUUCAUUUCGAGCUCAGACGAAAAAUUCGUCAUAAAGAUGGAGAAGCACGAUCGAAUGAUCGACGCAAUUAACAACUUGGCAGAUGCCAUUAAAAAGAAAUAAACUUUUCUGACGAAUGUCUGAAAAGUAUUUCAAUGAAAAUAUUAUUUUUGAUUAUUAUUAUUCAGUAUUUU